GGACCUGUCCCUCUCUGCUGACACCUCCUUGAAGCGAUAAACAGAGCUUUAGCCAAAUACCAUUUUCAUCCCUGCUAUUUAUAACACGUUUGACCGUGUUUAUGUGAGUAAACUAUCAGACGGGUCGUUUGUCCAACGAACGCAGCUCCACUUCUACAAGAGUCUCUCUGGCACAUAAUCCUAGGGUCACGACUCAAGGCCGAUGAGAAAAGGCAUGAGAUCUUGUCCCCAGGAUCCCCCUCCCCGCCAUCCUUACACCUUGGCCCGGUGCCUCCACCACAUUCCGCAAACACGGUCCCAGCGGGAAACACGGUAAAGUGACACCGACGGUGGGCAAACAUGACGCUUCUGACACUUUGCCUCAGAACCUGGGAGAGUUCAGCACACGUCCUUGAAGAGAAGGUCACGCGAGAGACAGGAGCAGCGGUGUCCCGGGUGCCACGUGCAUCACAAUGGAUGAGUGACCUUGAAGCGCCACCUUCGAUGGAGCCCUGUAACCCUGUUAUUGCCCCCCACCCCGAGUGGGGGCCGUGUGCCGACUCUGCUCUACUCUUAACGCUCCCGCUUGAGCGACAGAGGCGUCAAAGUGCCGAGCGAAUCCACAUCGCAGCUGUGCUCCAAUCAGGCCUCUCGCUCCCUGACGGCCCCGGGGCCGAGAGCCGCCACCUUUGAAACACCCAAAGCCUUUAAUACUUGCUUUCCAUCACCUCACACUGCCCCCUCGCCCACCCCCACCCUCCACGAAGAUCACAGGGACCCGUUUCUCUGAGCCAGCUGCUAUUCAGGGAGGAUGAUGCUCUAAUUCAUGAGGCAGCCAGUCUGACAGCUUGGAUGAGUGUGUGUGAUCAGUCAUCUCCUUUCAAGGCACAUAUGUAGAUUGGAGCGCUGUAAAUCAGGGUGAAAUGGACCUCUGCGGAGACGCACCGUUCCUCGUUCUUUCAGCGCCUCGUGAUGUGCGUCUCCUCGAGGACUCUGUCCGUCAGUCCACCUGUCCGCCCUUCUGUCCGUCGCCGGUUCCGCAGCUCUGCGAUGUUCUUCUCUGUUCUAUUCCUGUCCCGGCAAGGGGAAGCAACAGAGGCGCGGCGCGGUUUUCACCGGUGACUAACCCACUUAUUUCCUGCGCGCUCAUUUCAGAUGAGCUCGUCCCACAAGGCCGCUGAGCGCUGAGCAGGUCGCUCCCGAUACUCCCGUGCGGAGCACAGGAAAAGGGCAGCACUGUAACAGUGUCCGAGGAAAGUGCUCCGGCUCCCCGACAAACCCACCCUUCAGCCCCCUCCCUCCUCGGGGACUGGCAUCCUAAAACAGCGCGUGUAUUUAGCGGGGGGGGGUCACGGGAUACGGAGCCACUCUUGCCAGGGCCAGUCAGUCGCUGCGGGACACACAAAAUGUUUUGGACUUGUGGGCUGGGUCAGAGACGGAGCUCUCCAAUCGGCGACUGGACGUGCGAGUCGCCAAAAUCCAGCCCCGGGUUCGCAGCGUGGACGCUGCAGCUCACCUUCGUCUGACCGCUCCAUUGUCAUCCUCGUCCCACGGUGCCUCUCGUGCGCUCGGGGGGGACUGCAGACCAAGCACCAUGAGUUAUUUCCUGGUUAUGAGCAAGGAGCACGGGGACGGGGUGCUGAGCCAGUACCAGCGUCUCCGCUCCCAGGGACUGCUGUGCGACCUGGUGCUGGUGGCGGCCGACGGCACACAGUUCCCCGCCCACCGCAGCCUCCUGGCGUGUUCUGGCGACUACUUCUGGUCCAUGUUCAAGGAGCACACGUAUGAAUUCCGAGCACAGCGGGUGGAGCUGCCAGCGAUCUCCUCCAAGGGGCUGGAGAGCAUCCUGGACUUCAUCUAUACCUCGUGGCUCUCCCUCUCCAUAUGCACCCUGGAGGACACCCUGGAGGCUGCAAACUACCUGCAGGUGACGCGAGCUGUGGACCUGUGCGUCAAGUACAUGAGGGACAACCUCAGUGUGGACAACUGCUGCUUCUUUGCCAAUGUAGCAGCGCGAUACGGAGUCGACGACGCGCUUGCCGCAGCCAACAGCUUCAUCGGCUGUCACAUGGGGGAGCUACUGGGUCCUGGCGGGGACCGCGUUGGCCUGCUGGAGCUGAACCUGGACUCCCUGAGGUGCGCCUUAGAAGUGGACGAGAUGUCCGGGGUGGACGAGCUGCCUCUGCUCCUCUUCCUGCUGGACUGGCUGGGAAGCAACAGUGUGUCCGCCGUGAAGAGCAACUUGGUGCUCAGCAAGAUCCGCUUCGGCCUCGUCCCCCCGGGGCCGCUUUCGUGGCUCUCCUCGACACAGCCCGCUCUGCAAACGCCCUUCAUCCAAAACCUCGUCCUCAAAGCCCUCAACUACCACAGCCAGGGCGCGCGGCAGCCGCUGCUACAGAACAACCAGACGUCCCUGCGCAGCCGCACUUGCCAGGUGUUGCUGGUGGGUGGCACUUCGGCGGCUGAGCGACUGGACACUCGAGUCCAGGUCUUCUACCCUGAACGGAGGAAGUUUCAGCACCUUACGGACCUCCCCAGCAGGGUGCAGCACCACUGCGCCUGCACCGUGGGCAACUUCCUCUUCGUCCUGGGUGGCGAAGUUGUGAAGCUCAGCGAAGACGAGAAGGUGCUGAGCGCCGCGAGCAGCAACCAGGUGUGGCGCUACGACCCGCGGUUCAGGUGCUGGGAGGUGGCCUCCCCCAUGACGGAGCGGCGAGUUCAGUUCUCGUGCUGCGUGUCGCAGGGGAACAUUUACGCCAUCGGGGGACGGCGUGGGAAGGGCGCAUCGCUCGACUCCGUCGAGAUGUAUGACCUGCGUGCAAACCGCUGGCUCCGAGCAGCAGCCCUGCCGUGCGCCAUGUUCGCCCAGGCCUGCGUCUCUUACAAGGGCGCUGUGUAUUUGUCGGGAGGGGUCCACGCCGAGCAGCGUGUCAGCAGCAACGAGGUGUACCGCCUGGAGCCCCAGGAGGGCCGCUGGACCAAAUGCGCCGCCAUGGGCAUCGCCCGCUCGGGCCAUCAGAUGGCGGUGCUGCAAGACAACAUCUACGCCUUCCUGGGAAUGUACGAGCCUUUCUGCGACAUCGAACGUUACGACCCGGCGCUCGACCAGUGGACCCGCCUACGCCCGCUGCUGAGCGACCGCUUCUGCUACGGUCUCGUGCAGCUAGAGAGCACGGCCCUGCUGGUUGGAGGGCGGAAGUGGCACAGUGGCCGGGAGGUGGCCACCCCCAAUGUCCUCGAGUAUGAGCCAGAGAGCGACAGCUGGAGGGAGGUGUGUAAGCUGCCCAAGCCUCUGAGCGGGACACAGUGCGCUCUUAUGCAGCUCCCGACGCCCCUCGACUUGUAGUAACGUACCCGGAGCCUGAACCG